AUGAGUUCAGAAAGCAAGAAAAUAAAACCAAAGACUGAUUUUGAACCCGUUCUAAAUUAUUCUGAUUCUUGCAUUUGGAAAAAUGACUCCGGUGCAGGUGCAAAUGCAGCUUGUAAAAUAGACAAGACAUUUGCUGCCAUUGACCCCCUAUCUGAAAUAGUUUGGUCUCCAGAUAAAGGUUUCAGUCUUAAAUGUGUGGAUUCAAGUUUUACUGAUAAAAAAGUUUCCCUUUUUGGGAAUGUUGAACCAAGCAGUAUGGUUCUUGCUCUGCUCCAAAGCGUGACCGAUGGAAGUUCUGAAAUGGAUAAACCAUUAAAAGAUGUUUUUGAAGAACCUAUUGCUGUCAUAUGCUCAAAGAAUGAUGUUUCCUCCACAGAUACUUCCUCUAGGAACACACAAAGUGAUUCAGUUAUCAUCAUUUCAGACCAUAAAACAUGUGAAGAUGAUAAUGGUACAGAACAAUGGUCUGGCAGGAUUUGGUGA